UUCAGCACACCUUAUAAAAGGGUAUUCAAUGGGAGAGCCGCACUGGUUGGCAUCUGGUUCUUUGGACUACUCCACAAUGCAUUACUACACCUCGGCUUUGCUUUUGGGAGUGCUUGUUGCCUGCACGGGUGGCUCGAUCCUCCGCGAUUCGAGGACGAGCGAGUGCUUCCCUGGCUUCUACCAGUGCGACACCGGCGUCUGCAUUCCCGAGUCCAACCUCUGUGACGGGGUUUUGAACUGUGUCACGGGAGACGAUGAAAUGAACUGCGAAACGUCCGAGAGUUCGCAGAAAGUCGAGGAAUGCUUCCCCGGUUACUACAUGUGCGAUACUGGGACCUGCAUUCCGGGGUCGUUCGUGUGCAAUGGUGUCGCCAACUGCAUUACGGGCGAUGACGAAAUGAACUGUGCCCCGACGGGGAACAACACUUCAGAAGUCCAUGUCGAGUGCAGCGCUUUUUCCUACGAAUGUGCAGGAGGAGUGUGUGUGCCUCUGGAUAAAGUGUGCGACGGUGUCCUCAACUGCAUUAUGGGUGACGAUGAGGAAAACUGCAAGAAGUAAGUGAUUCGUACAACCUUCAACUCGAGGUUUUAAGACGUCAUGGGUUCUUCUGUGGCGUCGUGGGUUCUUCAGUGACGUCAUGGGGUCUUCAAUGGCGUCAUGGGUUCUUCAGUGACGUCAUGGGGUCUUCAGUGACGUUAUGAGGUCUUCAGUGACGUCAUGGGGUCUUCAGUGACGUCAUGGGGUCUUCACUGACGUCAUGGUCUCUUCAUUGACGUCAUACGAUUUUUUUUGUCUGUUUUCUGUUUUUUUGUUUUUUUUGUUUCAUCUUUAAUAAAUAUAAAAGAGUU